AUGGCUGUAGGACGACGCCCUCGAAACCGUACGGGACUUACCUCCUCGAAGAUACGCCAUGUGGUUUCUCAUCGUGCCGUUCGUGGUGUUCCACCAACGAGUGAAAUCCUUGGACCGCAAAAAAUCGCCCGACAUGCUGUGAGCGCGGCUGCUCGCAAAAAGGCUUGUCUGGCGGAAAAACGCGCGCUUGAAGCGCUUCGGGAGCGUCGUCCAGAUGACAACGAUUUCGAGGGAGCCGACGACCAUGAUUUCGGGUUUGGUCUCCUAGAUGGGUCAGAGAUGGUUGACAUUAGCCAUGCAGGUGGAGAGUUUCAUGAACUCACUCGUGAAGUUUUGGGCGACUUCUGGAAUCUAAAUACAAGUUCGCGCUCUCAUCGGCAUGAUUUUAGGACAAGACGGGACAGAACGAGGCGUCGCACUGACGCUUUUGACAAACAGAUGUCAGCUUUAAGAGAGGCCUACAUGGCUUGGCACCUCGCAAAUGGUGAUGAUAGUCGGGGCUUCUUUGCAUGCUACAAACGCAUGUCUCCUCACGAAGAAGCAGCUGGGGUCAAUUACAAUCAAUAUCGUGCUGAGAAACUUCCCUUGGUCAUACUGCCAACAGACACCUUUGUCGCCUCCGCUCUCGUUCAUCAAGGCAUCAUCCUGUGCUCUCCCAUCUCUCCGACGACCGGACUCACAAUGCAAGCUGCAUACGUCAAGACAAUCUGUGACCUACAAGGGGUUCAAUUCCGCACGUAUUUGUCACGUCAAUUCUCAAUAGCUUACGAUGUAUACCUGCAAAUUCUCGCCAACGUCAACACGCUUGUUCACGCAGCUAUUGGACGUCAUGAUCCAGACUGGAGGCUCAAGCAUGCGUGUCCAGCAUGCACAUACAAAUUGGCUAAUGAACUUCCUUUGAAAUUUAGAAUGCUCUACACUAAAGACGGCAACGACUCACUCAAGCGCGUGUUGAAGCAGCGCAUCGAAGACAUCGACAUAGAUUCAGACGACACUCAGCGCUCCUGCGAGCUUCCAACGAUGCAACUUGUGGGAGGUGACCGGUACUUAUCAAGGGAUUUCGUGGACAGUUUUGCUGGUGAGGCGCCUGUUGACCUGCUGGCAGAUGACGAGGAGGACAAUCCAAACAUGAAGGACGAGAAAACUAGGAAAAUGUGGGGUGUAUUUGACGAGUCUGGGAUAUUCAUGGCCGUCUGUCGCCAUGGAUUCUCUCUCGUCAUCGCAGACAUGGUGCAAAGUGGAGAACAGGCAAAGUAUCCUCUAGCGGUCGUUUCAAAGCUUCUCGAUGCAUUCGGCACUGACUUGGGAGGUGGGUAUGAUAUAGGAUGCAGAUUCAAAACCACCCUCAGCCGCAGUGUGCUGGGGCAGCGCGCUCGGGAACUUAAUCACACCUCACUUGUCGGUGCAUUCCAUGGACACGCCCAUCAACGUCUCUGUCAGCUCGACCAUCUCGCCACAUAUGUGGAUGGCCUUGGGCUAGAAGACCUCGAGGGCUGUGAACGGACCUUUUCGAAGUCGAAUGCACUCGCCUCCUCCGUGCGAUAUGCGAGCGUGUUUCACCGGCAUCAAGCUAUCGCACAUUACUUUGAACAUAACGAUGAUUACGAGGUCUAUGCAAAUCUUAGUACAUUUUUAUAUAACAACUACAAGCAGGCGCUCCACAUCAUCUCUGACGGCACCAAUUCUCUGCCAAAGCUCAUGCGCGAGCUUGGCGUCGAGGACGAGAGUGUCUUUGACACCUGGUUGGCCGAGGAACGGGCCUAUCUCACAUCGACCAUCCAGAUGGAGUACUGGCAAAAGCUCGUGAAUCUAUCAGGUAGCAAGAAGGACCUCGAUGCUGCUACAGCAGCUUGGUCCGUCACUACACCAAGCACUGUAGAGUUCAGACCCCGUGAUAUCGCGUCAAUGAACAGGAUCGAGACGACACGUAGGCAUGCCAUAGAAAACUACGAGAAGGACCUCAACGCUGUCCAGGAACUUGAAACGAAGCUCGGCGUCACUCGUAGAUGGGUACAGGAAGACCAGGAGUGGAAAGAUGUGGGUCGUUUAGUGGCAAACCGAAAGUUUCAGCGUGCGCUGGACCAUCUGGAGGGUCUGGUUGUUGCUCGAAUCUUUGAACUUUCGAAGAUGAAUCAAGCGGGGACGGGCUACAAACUUCGCAAACAUAUUGGCAAGGCGUUGCAAGUAUGGUCAGCGGCUAUUCGGACGGCUCUAGACAGGUACAACACUGCCGCUCGAGCACUAUGCCCCCCGCAUCCCUCCCUUUCAUGGGAGGAAGUCGUUGAAUACGCCUUUCUUUCUGACUUCGAUCUCCUCCACGACGCACGUCAAGACAUAUCACAACACCCUUGGGCAACACCCACUGGACGCCUGACCAUGGAUACAUUUUUCAAGAUGCGCCGUGCCCAUGAGGAAAUACAGCAUCUUGACAUCGAAAUCCGACGUCUAGCCACUUACCUACACGACAAGAGUCAGUACCUGACAGAGUGCGAGAAACAGCUGCAAACUUCGCACCCCGGGCUUGCUCGUCAAGUUUCCUUGCACCGCAAGAUUCGCGCGCGGUUUGCUGGACACCACUAUCAGCGUCUGCAGGAUAUCAGUAUGCUGGAGGGCUUUACAGGAUCCAUCACGCCGGGUGAGAGUGUUGAACGAGGACCAGGAGCCAGCGCAAGCUCUCCCAUGGUCUGUAUUCCUGCACAGCUGGUUCCUGAUGCGCUUAGCAUGGUGCAUGGAGGCGAGGAUGAUGCUCUGGAGGAGCUUGAGGAUGAUGAGAAUGCUGACACGGAUGGUGAGGAGCAUGCUCGCGUUCUCGAGAGUAUCCUACAGGUGACCUUAGAUGUUUAG